AUGACCACCCCAUACGAGCCCCCGCGGGCAGACGGCCUCUCGCCAACGCCCUCCUCCGCCUCGUCCAUCACUCCCCCCCUCUCCUCCUCAGAAACCCGCUUCCCGCACCCCCAGCGCUGGUCCCGCCGAGCCGUCGCAGGCCGGCGCCUCUCGGGCGGCGUCUCGCGGUCGGCGCGCAUGUCGUCCAACGCGCAGGACUGGGUGCGCGACCAGUGGACGACGUACCUGCGCUGGAGCGAGAACACGGUGGCGGCGUUCUGGAAGCUGACGCCGCUGUACCGGUCGCUGGUGGCGUUUGCGAUCCUGCUGGGCUGGGUCUUCAUCAUCCUGUCGGUGCUGUACUCGGAGGCCUUCUUCGCCUGGCUGGCGACGGUGUCCAAGACGUGGCGCGAGAUCCGCGGCGGCUGGCUCAUCGCCUUCAUGCUCAUCUUCGUCACGUCCGUGCCUCCCGUCAUAGGCUACUCGACCGCCAACACCAUCGCCGGCUUCGUGUACGGCUUCCCCAUGGGCUGGCCGAUUGCCGCGUCGGCGUGCGUCGUGGGGAGCCUGGCGGCGUUCCUGGCCUGCCGCACCGUCCUGAGCGGCCACGUCAACAAGCUGAUUGGGACGGACCACCGCUUCGUCGCGCUGGGCCAGGUCCUGCGCAAGGACGGCCUCUUGUACCUGACGGGGAUUCGCUUCUGCCCGCUGCCGUUUAGCUUGAGCAAUGGCUUUCUGGCUACGAUCCCGAGCAUAUCGCCUUUGACUUUUGUCAUUUCGACGGCGCUGUCGACGCCCAAGCUCCUCAUCCACAUCUUCAUCGGCAGCCGGCUCGCCAUCAUCGCCGAACAGGGCGACUCCAUGUCCCUCCGCGACAAGGUCGUCAACUACGCCGGCAUGAUCAUCGGCGGCGCGAUCGGUGCCGCGGCCGGCAUCAUCAUUUACCGCCGGACCAUGGCCCGCGCGGAGGAGCUCGCCCGCGAGGAAGCCACCCUCCUUGCCGCCGAGGAGGGCGUGGCGGUCGUCGGCGGGUACGAGGACGACAACGACGCGGGCGAUACGCUGAUGGAUCCUGAGGACGCGGCGAACGUUAUGGGGGAUGACGACGUGUCGCUUUGGGAUACCCAGGGGGAUGAUGGGUGGGGGGAGUACAAUGAUGAGGAUGAUGGGGAGGAGGAGCAGGAUGCGAAGAGGAAGAAGUUGAAUACGGAUUGA